AUGUCAGGAAGCCAGGAAGACCAUAGAAGUAUAGGUGAACAGUAUUGCCAAACAGUAUUAAUGCAAAAUGGUGAUUCUGGAUCGUUCGAUUCACCACCACGCGCUAUAAUGGUACCUGAUUUGUCGAACUGUUUGCCUUAUUUAUCAUUGAAAUCAGCCAAUCAGAAUUCUAGUGAUCAUGAUUUUAAUAUUGAUUUAGGUCAACCGACAACAUCAGAAUGUAGAGUUUUGCGGAAAUCAUCGUUAGUUUAUACACUGGCUGAAACACUUCGUGAUUCAGUCGCACUUGGUUAUUUUAUUCAGUUUAUGGAGGAAAUUGUGAUAAAAAAUGAUGCGGAUAGUAUUUUUGCGAAAUAUAUUGGGCAAAAUGCGCCAUAUUCAAUUGGAAUAACAGAGGAAAUAAGGAAAAAAGUUACUGAUCGAGUGUAUUCGAGGGAUGGUUCGAUUGAUUCGCAAUGCUUUGAUGAUGCUCAAAAGUUUGUUUUCGAUAUAAUGGAGAAGCGAUAUUUCACUGAAUUUUUAUCGAGUGUUUAUUAUACGAAGCAUCGGCUCGAAGUGCUUAGCACUGGAGAAAUUAAUAUAUCUGACAUUCUGAAAUGUCAACGACUUCUUUCAUCAUUUUAUAUGGAGAGUGAGGGAGAGCGAAAAUUGAUUGAAUUUAUCAUAGCAGCUGAUUCUUUUACUCAGCAGUUGCAAUUUAUUGAUGGUGAUCAAGCGAUUGGAGAUGCUAUGAUUAUCUAUAAUAAGUAUUUUUCAAUGCAAGCAACUGAACCACUAAAAUUUGGUGCUAAAAUUCGGAUUCAAAUGGAAUCAGAUAUCUGCUCGGAAAGCGGACGUCCAUCUUUAAAUUCCUUCGACACGGCCAGGCGUUUGGCUAUUUCAAUUCUGGAGCAGAAUUAUCUGAAGCGGUUUAUAUGUUCCCCUUCUUUCAUUAAAUAUCUGCAUGAACUGAUGGAACAAGUGAAUAGCAGUUUAGAAAUGCCUAACUCUAAUAGAAUGAGAAGAACUUUACAAUCAAGCAUCUCAUCACAAUCUUCGGAUGUACCAUUGUCACCUUAUUUUGAAAAAAGCGAUCGAGCCCAAGGUACUGGACUUUCUGCAUUGUCAGUUCCAUCAGUUUUUGCCACUGAUGAUGAUGAAACUGCAUCACAAUCUGAUAGUGUAAAGUCUUAUGGUCCUGGCGGAAUGCGUUAUUGUAAAAGAAGAAAAACGGGUUUGCCUUUGGCUGUUGUGGAUUAUCUCGGUCGUUAUCGAGUCAUGUACGAUAAAAGUUACUGUACAGCAUCUGAAGAAUAUUCAUCUCGUCAUAAAUUAAAAUCUACAUGGGAGCGAUAUUUUCAUCAUUCGAAUAAAAAGGACUCGGAACUUGCAGACCAGGUGGCCCAACUUAUUAUUGCAGAUAUUCAGAAUAUGGUUUCAUUAGGAAGCUUAUCAAAUGUAUCACAAUCUCAAUCGCAUGAUUUAUAA